AUGUCAUUAGAGAUUAAGACAAAUGAUAAAGUUUGGUAUAUUACAGGUGCCUCAAAAGGAAUUGGUCUAGUUUUUGUAAAGAAUCUAUUGAAUUUUGGAUUCAAAGUGGUAGGAACUUCAAGAAACAAACAAAAGUUGAUUGAUGCUGUUGGUAUUACCACAGAUAACUUCUUAGCACUUCAGGUAGAGGUAGACAAUGAAGCAAGUGUAAAAGAAUCAUUUGUAGAUACACUUUCAAAGUUUGGUAGAAUCGACGUAGUUGUGAACAACGCAGGUUACGGUAUCUCUGGUGCACUCGAGGAGAACACCGAUGCUGAAGUACGAAAGAAUUUCGAUAUCAAUGUAUUCGGUGUCUAUAAUGUGUUGAGAAACGUAACACCAAUCUUGAGAGCACAAGGUUAUGGUCAUGUAUUCAACAUUUCAUCGCUGGCAUCAUUCAUUGGUUAUCAAGGUCACGGAACAUACUGCGCCACGAAAUUCGCUGUCGAUGGCCUGACCGAAGCAUAUGCCAAAGAAGUUAGAUCAUUUGGAAUAAGAGUAUCCACAAUUAAUCCUGGUUAUUUUAAAUCUGAAUUCUAUGAUUCUGAUCAUUACAAUCAAAAUUCAAACAGAAUCGAUGCUUAUAAACCUAUUCAUGAUUUGGUUGACUAUCACAUCAAAGAGAUUAGUGGUAAGCAAAGAGGAGAUCCAAGUAAACUUUUGGAAUUCAUAAUCAGAGUCUAUCAAACACCAGAAUACGAAAGCAAUCAUAUAUUCGUAGGUGGUGGUGUAUACCCUUCUGUCAAUGCCCAACUAAAUAAAUACAAACAAGAUCUUGAUCAAUGGGAACAUUUCGCCACAAAUACCGAUUUUGAUAGUUAUGAAGAAAAAUAA